AUGCUCAGCGGCUCGGCGGCUCGGCAGCUCGGUGGUCUCGGGGCCGUGAAGGGUGGCGUCGGGGCCGCAGAGGGGCGGCGGCGAGGCCGCAGUAGGGCGGCGUCGGGGCCGCUAAGGGUGGCAGAGCCGCGGACGGGCGGCGACGUUGCCGCAGGGGGCGACGACGGGGCCGCGAAGGGGCGGCGACGGGGCCGCAAGGGGCGGCGACGGGGCCGCAAGGGGCGGCGACGGGGCCGCAGGGGCGACGGGGCCGUGGAGGGGCGGCGACGAGGCCGCGAAAGGGCGGCGACAGGGCCGGGUGGGGCGGCGACGAGGCCGCGAAGGGCGGCGACGGGGCCGCGGAGGGCGGCGCCGGGGUCGCGUAAGGCGGCGACGGGGCCGGUAAGGGCGGCGACGGGGCCGCGAAGGUGGGGCGACGGGGCCGCUAAGGGCGGCAACGGGGCCUCGAAGGUGGGGCGACGGGGCCGCUAA